AAAAGAAAAUGUCGCAGCAGCAAAAAGAGGAACUGAGGAAGCGAAAGGAAAACGAAAGCUUGCAGCCGGGGAAAGAAGCUAAUCUAAACGAGAUUACAGAGCAUCGUUGAUUCAUGGCCGAUCUCUAUCUUCUCCGAUCUAUAUCGUCACCAACGCUGUAGAUCUGGGCGUCGACAGUCCGUAUAUUUACCAAUUGCCUUCUCAGCUUCACAGGGCUGAUUUUGAGAUCUUAAACUCAGCUAGCUGCCUACUUCACUAUCUUCAUGUACUUUUUAACCUGGAGAAAUUCAGAAAUAUCAUAUGUUGCUGAUUUAGGUAAUUGAUUGUCGUUCUUUGAGCCAUGUGGAUAAGCUGAAGUAACAAGGUUAGGCUGCUGUUGGGUGGAUUAUCAUGCCUCCUUCUCCAGCAUUGCGGAGCUCUCCUGGUAGUGAGCCCAGAGGCAGCAAUCAUAAGCGAGGCCACAGCUUUGAGAGUGGUGCGCGCAUAAGAGAGAAAGAUGACGAUCUGGCUUUGUUCAAUGAAAUGCAGACUCGAGAAAGAGAUGAUUUCCUGCUUCAGUCCGCGGAGGACUUCGAGGACUCAUUUUCUACAAAAUUGAGGCACUUUCCAGAUUUGAAGCUUGGUAUCUCGGUUCCUGUUCGUGGAGAGAAUAGUGACAUGCUUAUUAAUGCAGAAACGGAUAAAAACGACUAUGACUGGUUGUUAACACCUCCCGACACCCCCCUGUUCCCCUCAUUGGACGAUGAGCCACCUCCAGUUACUAUUGCAAGCAGGGGGCGACCUCGUAGCCAACCCAUUUCCAUAUCAAGAUCAUCCACGAUGGAAAAAAGUCACAGAAGCAGUACGAGUAGGGGUAGUCCAAGUCCUAAUCGUUUAAGCCCAUCUCCCAGGUCAGCAAACAGUGUGCCUCAAUUGCGAGGAAGGCAACUGUCAGCCCCACAUUCCAGCCCAACUCCGAGUCUACGUCAUGCUACACCAUCCAGAAGAUCAACUACCCCUACAAGAAGAUCUUCACCUCCUCCAAGUAUGCCAUCAACAUCUGUGCCAAGGUCUUCCACCCCAACACCUAGGAGGUUGAGCACGGGGUCCAGUGGAGCAGCUGUUAUAUCUGGGACAAGGGGAACUUCACCCGUAAAGUCAGUCAGAGGAAAUUCUGCCUCACCUAAAAUAAGAGCAUGGCAAACCAAUAUUCCUGGUUUUUCUUCUGAACCUCCCCCUAACCUCAGGACAUCUCUGGCUGAUCGGCCAGCAUCAUAUGUUAGAGGAUCCUCACCAGCUUCCCGAAACAGUAGGGACCUUGCACACAAAUAUGGCAGGCAAUCAAUGUCUCCAACUGCUUCUAGGAGCAUCACCUCACCUCAUAGUCACGAUCGAGAUCAUUAUAGCUCUUACAGCAGAGGUUCUAUUGCCUCAUCUGGUGAUGACGAUUUAGACUCCUUGCAGUCAAUUCCUAUUAGCACUUUAGAUAAUUCAUUGUCAAAAGGAGGGAUUUCACUUUCAAAUAACAAAGCUCUGGCCCUCUCCAAGAAACACAGAAUUGUUUCUUCUAGUUCUGCUCCUAAAAGAUCUCUCGAUUCCACGAUUCGGCAGUUGGAUCGAAAAAGCCCGAAUAUGUUUAGGCCACUUUUAUCAAGUGUCCCCAGCACCACUUUUUACACGGGCAAGGCAAGUUCUGCCCACCGUCUGAUUUCUAGGAACUCCUCGGUCACAACCAGCAGUAAUGCAAGUUCUGAUCACGGUACUUGUAUUGCACUUGAUACAGAAGGGAGUGACCACAACCAGUAUGAUACGACCAAUGAAUGUGAGAAAAUGCCGUAUCAUGACAGUCACGAAGAAAUAUUCGCCUUCGAUAAGAUGGACAUUGUUGAUGAAGAUCCCAUUCAUGUUAUUAAGUCACUUGAUAGUGGCCGUGGCCCUGCACUCGGCUGUGAUCCAGUUGUCACCGGAGAUAGCAGUUACGAAGCUGUUAUCCCAGAUAUAAUUUCCACUUCUGACUCUUCUCAUGUCCAGGGGGGUGAUUUUUCAGAGGUUGUUUGCCUUGAAGAUACUUUUGUGUGUUCCAGAUGUGGUUGCAGGUAUCGUGUUAUUGACUCAGAGGAAAAUACUCUUAAUUGUUGUCCAGAAUGUAGCAGGGAAGAGAAAGAUAUUGGCAUGGCCAUUUCGAAUAAUACGACUUCAGUUACUGAAAGCUUGUCUGGGUUGUCUUCAGUAAAAUAUGAAGCAGAUAAGCCAUUCAAUAGGGUGGAUUCCCUGCUGAUUUCUCCCGACUCUUCCCUAGCCACUGAUUUUGGUGAAUCUAGGAUUUCUAUGUCCGUGGGCAAUAUUGAGCAGGAUCAAGCAUCUUAUCCUGAACAAGGCCCAAGUUACCUGGAAGAAAACUUCCCCUCAGAAACACCAGUGGAGGAAAGUCAGCAUAGCCUUACCAACCAUUUGGAGAUGGGCCAAUUAGCUGUUAAUGGGAGCCAGCCUAACACUGAAUCUGGAUGUCAGCAACCUCUUCAGCAAAACGACUAUCAAACUUUGAGAUUUGAUUCAUCAGAAGGUGCUGGCAUUUCUAUAUUGUUAAAGAGGUCAAGCAGCAGUAAGGGCCCUGUUGUCCAAGGAAGAACUUUUACUGCAAGUACUAUAUCUUAUGAUGAUCUAUCUUUUGCAAGGGAUAGCAUGAGCAGUUUGAGAAGCUCUAUUGGACACAGCAGUUUCUCUGCAUCAUCGUCAGCUGAUUUUAGCUCAUCCAGACAGAUUGAAGGGCGAAUGCAACGACAGCUAAGUUCAAGGAAAGGGGACUUGGAGAACAAAAAAUGUGAAGUUAGCGUGAAAUCUCAUUGCUCUGAGGUAGCUUCUACUGGAACACCUGCCAAUGCCCAUCCUAUAUCAAGCUUUGAAACCUGUAAGCAAGAGGAAAAUGUGGAUUUUUAUGUGGCCACUUUAGAGGGCUUUUCAAGCCAGGGAACUACUAUGUCUUCUCAGAAACCUGAAUUCGCUUCCGAAAAUGCCGAGUCAGAUGAUGCCUCUUCAAUUGUGGCAGCUGCUGUAGAGGAGGAUAAACUUGAAUGCGACAAAUGUAGGAGACUGGACAAUUGUACCUCAGGAUCGUCGAGGGAAGACACAUCAGGUGGUAGGAGUGUCUCAGAUAAGGACGCAUCCGUUACAACUUUCGACUGUUCCAGAUUGGAGGGACACAACAUACUGGAUGGUGAUGUGUUUGAAGACGAACAUACAGAGCUACCCACUCAUCCAAUGACAACAAUAUCAGAAACAGAAGCAGCACAAAUAGCUGAGGUGAUAGGUCCAGGUUCACAGAAUGAUUUAUCAAUAAUACCAAGCAUUCCCCUGGAGGAAUCUGCAGUUCCUAGCGGGCCCGACCAAGAUCUAGCACCAUCUGUUAUUAAUACUGAAAAAUCUGAUGGCAUCCUCGAAGGAUCGACAGUAAUUGUUGAUUAUCAGGGCAGAACAAAGGUGGGAAGAAGCUUGACACUGGAAGAGGCAACAGAUACAAUACUUUUCUGUAGCUCCAUUGUUCAUGAUCUAGCCUACUCAGCUGCUACCAUAGCAAUCGAAAAGGAAAAGGAAAAGGAAAAUGAGGUUACAUUGGAAGCCUCACGACCCAUGGUUACCAUUUUGGGGAAAUCUUACCCUAACAGAGGUGAUCUGCGCCAUAGAACAGGCGGCAAACGGGUUAUGAAAUCACAAAAACCCAGACAGCGGCGUGUCGAAAUGAGUACAAAGCCCCCUAUUGCUAAGACGGAAAAUGACGAGAACACUGACGAGUCCACCAUUCAAAACGUAGGUCUUCCUAACCAAGUGGACAGCACCAAACCUCCGAAGUUGGAAUCCAAAUGCAACUGCAGUAUAAUGUGAUUUUAAUGUAGCGCCCAUGCUUGUCCAUCCUUCCCAUCUUCUUCCUCAGACAACCAGAGCUCACUACCACACAUAUUUAACCAAAAGACCUUGUUCCACGGGGCUAGUCUGGAUAAUUCUCACUUGGUUUCAAUCAAAAUCCAGUUUAAUGUAUAAUAAAUGCCACGAGGUGUUGGUGACGUAAAUGUAAAGUUCUUUUUUUUUUCUUCCUCUUGUUUUCUGAUUGUUGUUUAGGGCUGAUAUUUACUUGAGAGAGGCCGUAGGGAUUUCAUUUCUUCAGUGAUAGUUUGCUCCAGUUGCCACAUUCUUGUUGAUUAUUCUUAUUUGAUUCAAGUGCUCAGAAGCAGUGUUAAAUAUAAAGCCUCUCAUUCAUAUUCAUUUCCAUAUUGUAAAGU